AUGGUUAACUAUGAAGACUUUUGUUUUCGGAAAAAUAUUUUAUCUAUAUAUGCAACAUCGCUUACUAUAAUCCUUUUAAUAUUUACUAUUUUGAACGAAUACAAAUAUAUUAGAUAUUCUAAAGAAUUAAAACCCAUAAUAAAAAAUGCUAUUAGAGCUCCUUGCAUCCCCCUUGACGAAAAUAAUGGAAAAAUAAUACAUAUAAAUUGCCCAUUACAAGAUCAGGAAACAUUUUAUGCCCCAUCAGAAUUUAGUUCCAACAUUUAUUCAUUUAGAGGGAUAUUUUUCGAAACAAAAGUUGAAAUGUAUCAGUGGGUAGGCCAUUAUGGAUAUUUAGGUUUAUUUUCUAAAGGAAAAUUUGAAGACCACAUAGUAAAAACCCCUUAUAAUUUUCAUUAUUUUUAUAAAAAUCGAAGAAAUCCCACUUAUAUUCCCACUGUUGGUGGUAUAGGAAGAAAGUAUGCUAGUUAUGCAAAAGUUGGAAAUUAUAGACUUCUACAAAAUUCGCUCAUAAAUUUUCAGAAAAAGAAAAAAUUAGACUUAAUAGAUGAUGGUUGGUUCACUGAAUCAGAAAUAAAACCUCCAUUUACGAUUGACCAUUUAAACACUAAUGUUUAUGACAACUAUUUGUAUACAGGAGAUCCAUUAAAUCCCCAAGUAGGUGACAUAAGGGUUUCGUUUUAUGGGAACGCGUCUACUCAUGCAACAGCUAUAGGAAUUCAAAAAGCAAGAUUACUAAAUACUAUAUUCGAAAUUGAUACAGUUAAUAUCAUGAAUAAGGAUGUAAUUUUACUAUCUGAAGAUAACAAAAUAAUGACUGAUCAUACAAAAAAUUUUAUUUAUAAAAAUUAUGGUAAUAAGCGAUCAUUGUGGGUAUUUCGUAUAAUAGCUUAUAUCUUUUUAUUUAUUCAAAUUUUUAUUUUCCUCGAAAAUACUUCUAAGAAUGUCACAUGGAAACUAAUUGUGAGCUCACUUGUCUCAAUGAUUAUCUUAUCCAUAUUCCCAUGUGUGUUAUGGAUUUUUUGUGACACUGCUGUCUUUUUAUGUUUAUUUGUAUUCAUUGUUUUUUUGUCAAUAGCGUUAUUAUUUAUAUAUAAUAACGAAAUAGAUAAUGGGUAUACUGAGAUGAAAAAUUAUAUGAAAAGAGCAAAUACAGAACCAACAAGUUAUACAUUUUUAAAUGUCGAAGACAAUUGUACAGAUAUAUAUAAAGAAUAUACUAAUGAAAAGGAUAAGAUUGGCACAAUAUUAGAUUCAAGUAGCGAUGUUUCAUUUUAUAAUUCAAUAAAUAAAAAUGAUGGGCAUAAAUUUGAGUCAUCACCUGCUGGAGUAUAUCAGUAUAGAUGA